AGAAGCGUCGCCUGUGUUUUCACUACUACACGACAACACAAUACAGCAGCACAACACAAGCCUCUGAGAAGUGAAACAGUCCAUCCAUCCACAGGCUGCAUAUCCGUUUCAGUAACAUUUAGUUUUUACUGUAACGAUGUAGUUAAUGACAGAGGAAUGCGUUAAGACUCUAUUAUCAUCGUUAGCUUAGCUUACUUUCAUCAUAAGCAAAGGGAGAUUCUAGUAGUGGCUAACGGCUAUCAGCUCCAACAACAUAGGUUAACUAAAGAUGUGCAAAUAAUAGUGAUGCUCCUCCACCGUGUAUGACCAAAGGUACUAUCGAGCGGUAACAGGACUGGUAGGAAUCGACGUCAAAAUGAUGAAGAAAAAGAAGUUUAAGUUCAGAGUGGAUUUUGAGCUUGACGAGCUGUCGUCGGUUCCGUUCGUGAACGGAGUUCUGUUCUGUAAAGUCCGACUGCUCGACGGCGGGUUCUCGGAGGAGUCAUCGCGGGAGACGGUCCAGGCAAACUGUGUACGCUGGAGAAAAAGAUUCUCCUUUCCCUGUAAAAUGAGCGCUAAUGCUGGAACUGGAGUCCUUGACCCCUGUGUGUGUCGAGUUUCAGUCAGAAAGGAACUAAAAGGUGGAAAGACUUAUGCAAAGCUGGGUUUUGCUGAUCUCAACCUGGCGGAGUUUGCGGGAUCGGGUAGCACCACACGCAGGUGUCUUCUGGAGGGUUAUGACACCAAAAACACUAGACAAGACAACUCCAUCCUUAAGGUGAUUAUUAGCACACAGCUGAUGUCUGGGGACCCCUGUUUCAAAACGCCUCCGUCCACCGCCAUGGUGAUAGGCAUUCAGGGUGAUGCCGAGAGCCUACUGGAAGACAGGAAAGGAGGAGACACACAGAAACCUUUUCUGAGCCUCUCAGAGACAUCAGGGAAGUGUGGCUCUCUGCCUGAUGAACUGGGGAUGUGCGGACACUCUCGAACGUCCAGUUAUGCUAGUCAGCAGUCCAAAGUAUCAGGCUAUAGUACGAGUCACUCGCGUUCCUCCAGUCUGUCGGAGUUCUCCCACAGGAGAAACACUUCGAUCGGCAGUGCUUCCACUGGCAUUGCCAGCAUCCCUGAGCCCAGUGAGGAGAGUGACCAAACUACAGCGCCCCCUACAGCUGUGGCGUUCUGUGCUGCUGUGCCUGAACACCCAUCAACCCCUGACAGGGCUGCCAGCAGGUUUAUUUUCUCAUAUAUACAAAGGUACCCAGUGAAACAGGACUCCAUGGAGUCUCAGCUGAAAAGGGUGGAUGCCACACGGGUGGAUGCCGAUGAUGUAGUAGAGAAGAUCCUGCAAAGCCAGGAUUUCACCCACAGUUUGCUGGACUCCAGUGCUGAAGAGGAAGGACUGCGCUUGUUUGUGGGUCCUGGUGGAAGCACAGCACUUGGUAGCCAUCACCUUCCUGCCAGGGUUGGAGCUGGUGCCUACGAACAGGUGGUGAUCAAACGCUAGAGUUGGGAGAUGCCAGAAGGAGAAGUGUCAAAAAACCAAAGUCUGUUUCGUGGGAGUAGAAAGGGACGAAGAGAUUCAGACAUGUUCGUCUCCUCUCACAUUAGCAGUGUUUGUCACAAACCUGUUUCAGCCUUUUGAUGAAACAGUGUCCUCUGCUGGCUACAUAAAGAACUGACAGCUGCUCUGUAUGAGGCUGUCAUUUGGUGUCUUGUGUUUCACUGUGAGGUAAAGUCUUCUAAUACGUCUGCAUUGCAAAUCAGAGAGCUUUUCCCCCUAUUUUCCUUGCUGAUUUAAAAAAAAUAUAUAUUUCAUAUUGUUAUUUUAGUAAGAUAUCUGUUUAUUUUUACCAUGUUUACAUGUUUGUGAGCCAUUUUAAGGGGUCUGUCAGUAACAUUUGGUGGUGGUGUAAUACAUCAUUACAAUAUGUACGAGGUGUCUGCAGAUGAAGGUGACCUCUUUACGCAUUUUAUCAUUUCAUUACUGUACGAAUGAAAAUCAAACCGUCCUCACCCACCCGCAGCAUCUCACUUUGUGCGUGUGAGAAGUCGUGAUGCGUUUGACAGAUGGAGCUGUUUUCAGACUUGAAAAAAUGUCCAUUUGAAUAGCACUUUGAAUUGAAGGACUUUACAUGGACUUUCUAUGUAUCGCCAACAUUGUAGGGAGUUUUGAGGCUGAGCUUUUCAUCUAGUUAAUUUGUGCACAUUGAAUGUGUAUUUCUUUUUUAUUUGUUGCUAAAAAUGACUUUCGGCUUGAGAAUUUAACUAGAUUAAACUCCUACAGCUGCAUUAUAGUUCAGUUUAUAGACACAUUAGCUAUUUCAAAUCUGGGCAGGUGAAUAUCUGAUAAGAACUUCUCUGGCAGCAUUCUAUGACGUAAUGAUGACAUCACGUAAAUAUAUCGGCUUUCACUUAAGAACAAAUUGAGCCAAGUUGUUCUCAAGCUACAAUUAUUUACAUGGCUGCACAGAACAAAGCAUUUAACCGUGUCAGCAAUGCUUAAAACAUUUAGCACAAGGCUCUCAAGCAGCGUGUAGCUCUUCUAAUGCUAUCUACAACACUACAAAAACUCAUUUUAUCCGUGUUUUUGUAGUUACUUGAUGUAUCACUAAAAUGAAGGUAUUUUAAUGACUAUUUUCAUGGUCUCUGUCUGUAAGAUCAGCUAUAGGGCAUAUCAGAAUCAUAAGUUAGUGCUCUAGUUUUAUGUGACCUUAUGCCCAUAUCUUCUCAAAAGCCAUUCACUGUUUUAUAAAUGUAAACUCACUUGCCUCUGCAGUUUAACUGUGUGGGGAUUAGCAGCUGUGCGAGUGUGUGUACAAUCUAUUUGUAGCACUUGAUUAUAUCAUAACUGUCUAGAGUAAUAGUGUAGAAAUGCAUGGGUGUCACACCUACUCAUCAUGUCCGAAGCAUUUUGUGUAGUCUUUGCUAUCUCCAUCGGAUUGACCCAGGUCCGUUGAGAUCCAAACACUAAAAAUAAAUACUGACUGGAAGCUUGGAUUCAACUCGGCCACACAUCUCAGGUUUAUUAUUUUCUUUCACUAUUACUGCACAAAUAUCAAAGCACCACACUGCGAAUGUACGGAGCCCUUUAAGAGACAUGGUGAUGGGAGAGAAAAUUCUAUUUCAGUGCUUUUGCGUUUUUUCACAAAGAGAAAUUUUGCAUUCACUUGCAAAUAUCUCAAAAUUUUGCGAGCGAAAGCAAGGUUUCUUAGAGAAACACAAAUAAUUUGGGAGCAUAUGCAACAUUUCUUCUGUGAAUGCAAAAGAAUAUCAUGCUUUUUCCAUCAAUGUGUUCCUUUAAGGACUCGAAUGUUUGCAAAUAUCCAUUUAUUUAGAGGUUAUCUAGAUAUUUCAGUUUCAUUACUUUUCAGCAGACUCUCAGUAAAAUGAGUGUUACUUUGAACUUGAUUUUUAAUUUUUUUUUUUUUAAUUGAUCUACUGCCAAAAUGAAGUCUAUUUUUAUGUAUUUGAGCUUUAGUGACUUCCCCCCAACAUUUUCUUCCCUAAAUCUCUUACACAACCUAUAAGUAGGUCCUGGUACUUUACAUGUUGUAAAAACAUGGUGGCUUUAUCUCUUCUGUGAAGUUUUUGGUCCUUUGUAAUUGUACUGUGUCUGAUGUUUAAAGGUGACAUUGCUUUUUUGACUGUCUCGCAAUGUUGUGUUCCAACUUUUGACCAAUAGUGGCUUCCAUGCCAUGUGUUCUGUUAUGAUGCUGGUAAGGUAUGUACCACGCACUGUUAAAUAAAACCACAUUCCAAAGAA